AUGGCGGCCUCGGAGGCGGCGGCGGCGGGGUCCGCGGCUCCGGCGGCGGGGGCCCCGGCUGUCCCGGCGGCCGCGAGGGGAGCCGCCGCCGCCGCCUCGAGCCCGUGGGGACCGCCGAGGCCGCGCCUGAGAGGCCGCCGUCCGCGACCCACGACGGCGAGGCAGCCGCCGCAGCCCGCGGCCCGGGAGCUGAUCCAGCCGUCGGUGAGCGAGCUGUCCCGGGCCGUGCGGACCAACAUCCUGUGCACCGUGCGCGGCUGCGGCAAGAUCCUGCCCAACAGCCCCGCGCUCAACAUGCACCUGGUCAAGAGCCACCGCCUGCAGGAUGGCAUAGUAAAUCCAACAAUAAGAAAAGAUUUGAAAACCGUACCAAAAUUCUACUGUUGUCCAAUUGAAGGAUGUCCUAGAGGUCCUGACCGGCCAUUUUCUCAAUUUUCUCUUGUUAAACAGCACUUUAUGAAGAUGCAUGCCGAGAAGAAGCAUAAGUGUAGCAAGUGCAACAACUCAUACGGCACUGAGUGGGACUUGAAGAGACACGCGGAGGACUGCGGCAAGACCUUCCAGUGCACGUGCGGCUGUCCGUAUGCCAGCAGGACAGCACUGCAGUCUCACAUCUACCGAACUGGCCAUGAGAUCCCUGCAGAACACAGGGAUCCACCUAGUAAAAAAAGGAAAAUGGAAAACUACCUGCAAAGCCAGAAGUUGUCCAGUAAGACCAUCGAAUCUUUAAACAACCAAUCAACUCUUCAACCAGAUUCCCAAGAACUCAGAACUUCAGAAAUAAAACUGGUCGCCUCUUUUGAGGACUCUUGUGGUUCUAAUGCCAGGAAGCAGAAUAUCUCAGCACUUCCAAGAAAUCCUCAGAAGUUGCUUCUACCCAAGCCAAGAGUGGCUCUGGUUAAACUUCCGGUCAUGCAGUUUUCUCCCAUGCCAGUCUUGGUGCCUACUGAGUCCUCGGGCCAGCCUGUGGUGUUGGGCGUGGAUCAGGGCUCCCCGAUGGGGGCUGUGCACUUGGUGCCCUUGUCUGUGGGAACGCUCAUCCUUGGCCUGGACUCAGAUGCUUGCUCUCUGAAGGAGACCCUACCUCUUUCAAAAAUUAUCAGUCCUGUCGUUGAGCCAAUUAGUACAGGUGUUCAAGUGAACUUGGGUAAAAGUCCAUUGAAUCCUUUACAAGAGCUAGAGAACACAUGUCAGAAGAACAGCAUUUCUUCAACCAACGUACAGACAGACCUGUCCUAUGCCUCACCAAACCUGCUAUCUUCUGCUCGAUGGCUUGGCUCUGACUCCUCCGUGUCGUCGUGUUCUCAGACCGAUCUGUCCUUUGACUCUCAAGUGUCCCUUCCCAUCAGCGUUCACACACAGACGUUCCUGCCCAGGCCUAAGUUAACUUCGUCCAUAGCUGCUCAGACUGAAGCUUUCAUAGAUGCCUGUUUCCAGCCAGGCGGGAUCUCCAGAAAAACCCAAACCAGUGGCAUGCAAAAUCCAGCACCUGCCCAGGUACCCAUGGACCACGCUGGCGUGUGCGGGGGCAUUUUUGGGAGUGUGCACUCGUCCUACAAUGUUCCCACAGACAAUAUAAUAAGCAGCAGUUUAGUGGCAGAGACGGUGACUCAGAGUUUGCUACCUCAAAAUGAUCCCAAGACUUUAAGUCAAGACAUUGAGAGGUCUGAAGCCAUGCUCAACUUCAGUGCGCAGAGUGGUAUGCUCCCCACACAGAACAUGACCGAUAACCAGACCCAAACCAUAGAUUUACUAAGUGACUUAGAAAACAUCUGGUCAAGUAACCUGCCUGGUCAGACGCUAGAUAACCGCAGUCUUUUGUCUGACUCAAAUCCUGGACCUGACGCCCAGCUUCCCUCUGGCCCGACUCAGACCCCUGGGAUUGAUUUUGAUAUUGAGGAAUUCUUUUCAGCCUCGAAUAUCCAGACUCAGACUGAAGAGAGUGGGCUGAGUACCAUGAACCCCGAGCCAGUCUUGGAGUCACUGGACAUAGAGACCCAGACCGACUUCCUGCUCGCAGACCCCUCUGCUCAGCCCUAUGGCUGCAGGGGAAGUUCGAACUUCUUAGGCCUGGAGAUGUUUGACACACAGACACAGACCGACUUGAACUUCUUCUUAGACAGUGGUCCUCAGCUGCCCCUAGGAAGCCUUCUGAAACACUGCAGCUUCUCCGUGAGCACCGACUCCUCUGACACAGAGACCCAAACGGAAGGACCCUCUGUAGCCAGACCCACACCUGCUCCAGAGAGCAAGGUUCAGUCCAACACUGCAGAGACACAGACCAUGAGUUCUGGCUUGGAAGCCCUGGGGAGUUUGUUCUUCACUAGCAAUGAAACUCAGACAGCCAUGAACGACUUUCUUAUGGCUGAUUUGGCCUGGAACACCAUGGAGUCUCAGUUCAGCUCUGUAGAAACCCAGACAUGUGCUGAGCUGAGUGCGGUCUCCAACUUCUGAGCACGAGUCCAUCCUGUACAGCACUGACGACUUCAUGCAGACUGUGAACACAGACGAUGAUGAUGCUGACUAUGGAAUGUAGUGACUGCAGCUAUUUAUUCUCCUCUCUCUGCCUUUUGUACUUGUCAACACAAAAUCUGUGUAUAAAUGUGAGUGUAUUAUAAAGUGUAAGAUGUUGAUUUAAAAA